AAUAAAUGUCAAAUGCGCAACGAAUAAGUGAUUAAAAGAAAAAGUGCGAAACAACGAAAGUCUGACUGGAGGAAUCAUUUUUUGUAUAAAAUCUUUUGAAAAAUCUACGUUUCUACAAAAAUUACAGCGAGGAUUUUAAUUAUAGUGCGUUGCUUGUUUAUUGUGUAUUAAAGUUUAAAAGUGACGUGUCAACAAUGGCCUCAGGCACGACUUUGCAAAAAGCUAUUGAUUUAGUGACCAAAGCAACGGAAGAAGACCGCAACAAAAAUUAUGCUGAGGCAUUACGUCUUUACGAACAUGGCGUAGAGUAUUUUCUACAUGCAAUUAAAUAUGAGGCACAAGGUGAGAAGGCUAAGGAUUCGAUUCGUGCCAAGUGCCUACAGUAUUUGGAUCGUGCUGAAAAACUUAAAGAAUACCUAAAGAAAGGCAAGAAAAAACCAGUAAAGGAAGGUGAAUCAAGCUCGAAAGAUGAUAAAGAUAAAAAGGACGAUAGUGAUUCCGAUGGCGAAGAUCCUGAAAAGAAGAAACUUCAAAGUAAAUUGGAAGGCGCUAUAGUAAUUGAGAAACCUCAUGUGAAGUGGUCUGAUGUGGCUGGUUUAGAUGCUGCCAAAGAGGCGCUAAAAGAGGCAGUUAUACUGCCAAUUAAAUUCCCUCAUCUAUUCACUGGCAAACGUAUACCUUGGAAAGGUAUUCUGCUCUUUGGCCCACCUGGUACCGGCAAAUCAUAUCUGGCCAAAGCUGUAGCCACAGAGGCAAACAAUUCAACUUUCUUCUCAGUUUCCAGUUCGGAUUUGAUGUCGAAGUGGUUAGGUGAAUCCGAAAAGUUGGUCAAAAAUCUCUUCGAACUAGCACGCCAGCAUAAACCUUCGAUUAUUUUCAUUGAUGAAAUCGAUUCCAUGUGUUCGGCACGUUCGGACAAUGAAAACGACAGCGUGCGACGCAUCAAAACCGAGUUCUUGGUGCAAAUGCAAGGUGUUGGCAAUGACACAGAUGGUAUUCUGGUACUUGGUGCCACUAAUAUACCAUGGGUGUUGGAUUCUGCUAUACGUCGACGUUUCGAAAAGCGUAUCUACAUUCCAUUGCCGGAAGCACAUGCACGCCUGGUGAUGUUCAAGAUACAUUUGGGUAAUACCACACACGUUUUAACCGAGGCAGAUCUCAAAGAGCUGGCAUCAAAAACAGAUGGUUACUCUGGCGCUGAUAUUUCCAUUGUUGUGCGUGACGCUCUUAUGGAACCAGUGCGUAAAGUGCAAACCGCCACACACUUCAAGCGUGUAACUGGUCCAUCACCAACAAAUAAGGAGCUCAUAGUUGACGACUUGUUGGUGCCCUGCUCGCCUGGCGAUGAAGGUGCAACUGAAAUGUCCUGGAUGGAUGUGCCUAGUGAUAAGCUAUUCGAGCCACCAGUUACAAUGCGUGACAUGUUGAAAUCUUUGUCUCGUACAAAACCUACUGUCAACGAUGAUGAUUUAGUUAAGCUGCGUAAAUUCACCGAAGACUUUGGACAGGAGGGAUAAAUUACGGACAAAAUUCAUAAACAAAUUGAUUUUAUUAUAAAUAUAAGUGAAUACUGUACGCAAAUU